GAAACUGCGGGAAAAGGUGUUAUAUUAAUAAAUAAUAACAAUUUGUCAGCUGAUAAGGAACCUCUAGCAAAGCAAGGAUUAGUUAAUAAAGUAAUAAAAAAUAAUGAAGUUCGUGUACCGAAGAUUGAAUCAUCAGUAAAAAGUGUAACUGAAUGUAAUGAUACGAGUAAUGGACCUGUUAAUGAUUCUGUGGAUGAUCAGCGAUGGUAUGAACCAUUGAGACCAACAGUGAGUGGUUCGUCUUCAAGCUCUGAUGAAGGAUAUGAAGCUAUCUCUGUUCCAAGGUCAGUAAAUAAGUUUAUUUGUGGAAAACAUGAAAUGAUGGUUAUAUGUGAAGAACUAUCUUCACUGCCAGCAUGCCUGCAAAGUUGAAAAAUACACAAGAAUUAUUUAAUGCAGGCAUGCCAACAAUAAUGAUAAUAAUUUAAUUUUUCCAUUAUUUACCCUUGGCAGUAUUUAUAGCACUAUAUGCUAGUAGGAUCAAGCAAAAGCCUGAAACAAACAAUUCAAAUUGAACUUAAGAGGGUUAGGAAUCCCAACUGGCCAGAGGCAAACCAGUUGGCUAUUUACAAGCAUGGCCAAGGACUCGAACUUGGGACUAUUGGAACAAAUCCAGCUAGCGGUCAGAGUGGGACAUCAACUCGGGGCUUCCGAUUUGCAAGUCCAGCACUCUGUCCACUCCGCCACCCUUCCUCCAGUCGCUGCACUUUAUGCCAUAAUUAACUAUCAAUUCAAGACAAAUGAACUGAAAAAUCUAGAGAAGUUGGUGAAGCAAACAGUUCAAGCCUUAAAGCCUUAUUAGAGUAGACUAGGAAUGUGCAUUUAUGUACUAUCUGUGAAAUAAUUAUAUUCCUAGUCGGUGGUCCUUGAAAAUCUAAUGUGGCCCUUGAAAAGUCCUUGAAAAAUGGUUGCAAUUUUUUGUAUGAAACCUGAAUACACUCCUUGUUUUUUAAACAGUACAUGUAUGUCAAAUUUGUUCUCAGGUUAUUUAACCUUUGGUUGAAUUUUGAUUUGCUUUGUCUGCUAGGACUAGGAGACAAAGGAAAUAUAGAAUCAACCUAGGUUAAAUCAAAAUUAACGAAAACAAUUAGUGAUGCAUGACACUUUCAGUUUUACCAUUCACAAUUUUUUUAUUUUUUAAAGUAGGUUUUACAUGUAUGUACAUAUGUUACAGGUCAAAUUUGAUUUCAGGUUAAAAUUUUUUUAACCUAGGUUGAUUCUCAAUUUCCUCUGUCUUCCAGGGCCAUGAGACAUUGGAAAUUGAGAAUCAACCUAGGUUAAAUCAAAAUUAAUCUGAAAUCGAAUUUGACCUGUAACAUAUAUGUAUAUUUUCUUGAAUGUUUGCACCAUCUUAUGUGUACUAGUAGGCAGUAACCCUUCAGUUAGGCAAAAUUGUUUGAUUUCCAUUCUGAAAACCAAAGUACAACUGUUCUAAUGGUGAAGAUAUAGUGUUUGCAGUAAUAAUAAUACCAGUUAUAAGUAGUACAUGUGUGUGUAAUCAGAUGGUGACAAGUGAAUUUAGGGAAUACGCAUGCAAUUUCGUGGGUUGUUUUGUCCAAAUUCUAAUAAUUUUUAGUAAUUUGUACCAAAAUAAAGGUGUAAUUUGUCACCUAUGAUAUUAUUAUUGUAACAUUAUUCCAAUUUUUUAAUUUUUCAGAGCCAGCAAAAUUACACCACCAUCUCCGCGUAAAACAAGUGGAGUUGCUGGAAAUUCUAAUCAGGUUUCCCUCUCCUCCAAAGAAAGUGGUACAGAGCCUCAUAAAGCAAUCACCACAACAAGCAAAGCUUCUCCUCCUACAUCUCAUAAAAUAAGUGGGACAGGGCCCAAGUUUUCCCCUCCCGUCCCCCGCAAAGUUAUCAGUCAAGGGAGUAAAUUUUCCCCACCUACUCCCCGUAAACCAAUUGGUGUAGCAAGCAAGACCUCCCCUCCUGUCACACGAAAAAUUAGUGGCUUAAAAGUUGAAACAACUCCAUUAUCUUUUCGUAAAGCAAGUGACACAAGACAGCCUGAGGCUGUUAAAGAUCUGAGCCCUAACACAUCUCCAAGAACUCUUUAUCCAAGU